GAAAACGACUGAUUGGAAAAGACGAGCAGCCAGAGGCAGCACCCCCACCUCCUCCUCCUCCCUCCCUCCUUCCCUCCCUCACCCCCCUGUCCUCGCUCUCCUCAUCCAUCCAUCCACGCUUCCUCCUCUCCUCUCCUCUCCUCUCCUCUCCUCUCCUCUGCUCUGCUGCUGGAUGGUGCGUUCCAGGAGCGCACGCAGGACGGCACCGGGGGCUUCCCUUUUCCGUCUGAUGGAGACGGGCUGAGGAGGUGGAGGAGGAGGAGAGACCAUCAGGUCCGGUCGGCAGAGCCCACCUCUCGAGGACCCUGCGAGGAAGGACUUCCCGCUCCCCCCGCUGCCGCGAGAGCCGGAGGAGCGGACGCGACACAGGGGAGCGAGAGGGGAGACACCGGAGAUCCUCCAUCAUCUGAAGGUCUCCUGCCUCUCUCCCACUGUGUGUCACUGCCAUUGUUUUUUAAAAUGCACGCUCACAACAUUGUGUAGCUUGCGGUGUCUAGUGAAGUGUGUAGCUCGUGUGUGUGUGUAUUUGUGUGCAUACUUCAGUCGCAAAGAUGGGCUCAGUGGGAGCGGAGCGCCGCAGGCCCACGCCGGUCCAGACGCCUGAGGAGAGGGAUGUGUGGAGGGAUGGAGGAGGAAGAGCUGGAUGGAGGGAUGGAGGGAGGGAGGGCUGGAGAGAGGGAAGAGAGAGCGGCGUGGUGCAGAGCUACAGCUUCGACUCGUACCAGCUGGAGGAGGAGGAGAUCAGUAAAGAUGCCCCGGAGCGAGGAGUGCUGGCUCUGUCCGAGCCCGACUUUGAGGAGCCGAUCCCUGACGACCGUUACCAUGGCAUCUACUUUGCAAUGCUGUUGGCUGGGGUGGGCUUCCUGCUUCCCUACAACAGUUUCAUCACUGAUGUGGACUACCUGCACCACAAGUUUAAAGGGACGUCCAUCGUGUUCGACAUGAGUCUGACGUAUAUCCUGGUAGCUCUGUUGGCUGUCAUCCUCAACAACGUGCUGGUGGAGAGACUAAGCAUGCACACCAGAAUCACCGUGGGUUACAUCUUCGCUCUGGGGCCGUUGGUCUUUGUCAGUGUGUUUGAUGUGUGGCUGGCCAAGUUCACCACCAGGCAGGCAUACAUCAUUAACCUUGUGUCCGUGGGAGUGGUGGCCUUCGGAUGCACAGUGCAGCAGUCCAGUUUCUAUGGUUACAUGGGGAUGCUGCCCAAGAGGUACACACAGGGGGUGAUGACUGGAGAGAGUACAGCGGGGGUGAUCAUCUCGCUGUCUCGCAUCUUCACCAAGCUGCUGAUCAACGACGAGAGGAGGAACACGCUCAUCUUCUUCCUCGUCUCCAUCAGCAUGGAGAUGCUCUGCUUCUUGCUUCACCUGCUGGUGCGCCGCUCCCGAUUCGUCCGCUACUACACCAGCCACACCCCGGGCAAAGGUCCGGGCAAGUGUCACGACCCGCGGGACAACGGGGCCGGAUACCGCGUUCACCAUGAUGUCACCGCAGAGGAAGUAAGAUUUGGAAAUGGUGGGACAGGACCGCCCUCCGCAGAGGAAAGCGUCGAGGACAUCGCGGGUGGGACGUACGUGCGAUUCGACGCCCCGAAAGCCAAGAUAAGGAAAAGCUGGCCCGGCGUCCGCGACAUGAUCCUGCAUCGCUACGUGGUGUCCCGCGUGAUCUGGGCCUACAUGCUGUCUAUAGCAGUGACCUACAGCAUCACUCUGUGUCUGUUCCCCGGCCUGGAGUCAGAGAUAAAAAACCCCACCUUAGGAGAAUGGCUCCCAAUCCUCAUCAUGGCCACCUUCAACAUGUCGGACUUUGUUGGCAAGAUCCUGGCAGCUCUGCCGUACGACUGGUCUGGAGGCCGCCUGCUCUUCUUCUCCUGUCUGAGGGUGGUCUUCAUCCCCCUGUUCGUCAUGUGCGUGUACCCGGCCAGCGCUCCAACCCUGUCACACCCCGCCUGGCCCUGUCUCUUCUCUCUCCUCAUGGGAGUCACCAACGGCUACUUUGGGUCAGUGCCGAUGAUCCAAGCUGCUGGCAAAGUGCCGCCUGAACAGAGGGAGCUGGCAGGGAACACCAUGACGGUCUCCUAUAUGACAGGCUUGAUGGUGGGCUCGGCGGUGGCGUACGCGGCUUACAGCUUCACCGCUCCCGGAUCAGGCGCGCGCUUAUCCACACUCAGCAUGCACACACAUGCAAAUGGUACUGGGUAUUGAAUGUCCUCAUACAAUAAAACACACACACAUAGAUGUACACACACACACUCACACACACACACCUGCAGCCAUUUUCACACAUAAGAGCCCGGUCAGAAGGGGCAGCGCAGACUCGAGUCCAGCUACAGAGGACAAGAAGACAUCUGUAAAAAGUGUUAAAAGGGUCUUGUUUAUACUCUGAGAGACAUGCUCUGAUUUGGCACAUUGGAUAAAGAAGACAAAGAAAUUGGACUGAGUAGUGGAGAAAAUUAUGUUAGACAGUAAAAAAAAAAAAAACGUAGCAGACUUCUCCACUCUCUCACUCUCCAGCCAGGCAGUCCAGUGACCUUCAAAUGUCUCGCCUCUGAUGUGAUGAACUUUUCCCCGGAGCUGAAGAACGGAAGCUCAGCGGGCCAACAAGAAGCCCUUUGGGUGUCUCUACAGUGAAAUUAUCGUCUGCAUGCGUGUGCGAACAGAUGGGCUGACAUUUGUACAGUGUAAAGUCAAGUGAUGUUUUGCUGCAGGGGACGAAGGGGACCUUGUGUCACAGGUCGCCCACAGUAUGUUGCGUUUCAUGACUCCUCAGAACUGUUGGUACUCAGAAAAGAGAGGUGAGCAGAUCAGCGUGGAGUUUUCUAGAUCAGCUGUUCGCUCAUUAUCAUUGCCUCUGACGAAAAUACUGUCAGAAUAUUUGGACGGUGAGUUACAGCCAUGGUGAUUUGAUUCAGCUAAUGUUACUGAAAUCUGCACCAAAAGCAACUUAAAGGGAACCCCAUUUAAUUUACAGUUGAACAUGAGCUAGCACACGUUCAGGUCCUGUAAUGUGACACAUUUAUGGGUAUAAUGGAAUAUGUGGACUUAGCAUAAUUAUGAGAGGGAUGUAAAUCAUUCAGCUGAGCCCCAAACACCUCUGACCCAUAACAUUACUACGCUAGCUGCUGUGACCCACAAGCCAAUGUUAGCAAGUCAUCCAAAAUAACAUUUGAUUAGAUACAUUUAUGUACAUGGCUGAAAUGUUUUAUAGGACGAGAAAAGAGAGGGAUUUAACAUUUAACAUAUCAGCGGUGAGCAGUUAAAGGGUAAUUCCACCAACUGUACACAUUAAAGUGUGUUUACAGGUCUUGGGGAGCACUCCUGCGUAUGUGAAAGUAGUGUAAAGCCUUUUGUGGCUCCAGAGGAAGCUGAAUGUAGUCUUUUAAUUGCCUCCAGUGAAAGUUGCAUUGUGGGUAAUGUACGCUACAAAUAUGUUGGAUUCAACAUAUACAGUAUCAAAACAAAUGGUCAAGCUAUUCAGCAGCUUCAGAGGUAUCAACCUUUUUAUUUGAUUAAUUUUUCUUGCUUUUUCAAAACCUGUUGCCUACAUUACCCACAAUGCAACUUAGUGAAAUCUUUCCAGUCCAUCUUCAGCUAAUGUAAAUUGGCAAAGCUCCAGUCUUGUAUACAUAUUAAUUUCAAAUUACAAAAAGCAUCAUGAGCCUUAUAAUGAUGAACCUCCAUGGGGUCACUAUGAUUCUCUGCAUUAGCAGCUGCUUCCCCCUGUUGUUUGUGUUUCCAGUAAUGCUAAAAGAAGACGAGAGUAAUAAGAAUCUUCACAUCCCUUCCUGCUCCUUCUGAUGGCUGUAAAGAGAACAAAACGCUGGUUGGCUGUGUGUUGCAGUUGUUUUUUUUAAUAGUUUGUGUCGCCUCUGGGUCCCUCUGAACGGUAUCUGUGUGUAACAUGUAAUGAUGUGGGAUAUUAUGGGGAAAAACAAAAAUAGUGCCAAAAAGUCUGACCAGUGUCCGUAGCUGAGAAAACAGUGAAUGUAUAAAAAAAAAAGUUUAACAGGAUAAAAAAAUGUAAAUACACAGAAUGAAAUCCACUCAAGGCAGUGAAGAGCUCUUACUUUAUUCAUGCGGAAGCCUCUGGAAUAUAUCAGAUUCAUAUUUUUUGUAGCUAGUAGAGGCGAUCCGGAAAGCAACUAUUGCCUUUAUUCUGUCAACACAGCACUGAGCAGCUUCCACAGCCUCUUAGUCCCUCCACAUUUCUUGUUGGAUUUGAUUAAAUUUUCAGCGAUAAAGAGGAUCUCCUGCCACAUCAGAGUUCAGAGCUGAUACAUUAUGAAGAAAGCCCAGCCUUGGUGUGGAAAACGGCAUGAAGUGCACUACAUUAUGUAGGUGACGGCUCAAAUGGAGCCUAAUGCGGCGCUGUUUGAAGAAUGGUUGGGUGCCAUUUGGGAGCUGACCUCAUUACUGUAUGUAUGUCCCGCUGUGCUGACGGUGCUAUAUUGCCCGAGGCCUGUGUCCUCUCAGCGAGCUGCUAGAUUUGAAGGUGUUUUUAGUUAUUUUUGGUCAGAUGCGUCAUAAAGGACAUGGAAAGUCACUUUCCAUCUCUCGCUCUUCAGUGAAUGGACAGUCCAUUUUGCACAAAAUUGCAUCUUUAUGUUGAAUCCAACCCUUCAUGCUAGUUUAAAGGAUCAGUGCACCCACACUUGAAAAUUCAGCCAUUAUCAAUCAAACUCAUGUUGAUCAAAAAGGCAAGUGAAGUAGUCCACAAAACAUUUCUGGAGCUUUACAUUAAAAGAGCGUUGCGGCAUUCUCCCAAACAACUGAAGUAGAUGGGGACGAUAAAAACAACCCAAAAAAUCACAAAGUGACUCCAAACAGUUCAACCUGUGCAAAGUCUCCAGAAGUCCUGAGAUCCCAAAUUGAUUUGAAUGGACGACACCCAACUACCUUGGAGGGGCUAUGUGCUAACACUUAUAGCUUAGCAGCUACAGUGAAAAUUAGGCUUUAAAACAGGUGUAAAUAACUUGUGUAGAUAGUGAAUUUUCAUGUCUGGGUGAACUGUGAGAGUUUGAUGAGAAGAUGGAGAUAACUCAUAUUUGUACGGUAUGAAGCUACAGGUUGCAGAUGGUUGUUAGCUUAGCUCAAAGAAUGCUAGCCUAGCUCAGUCUAAAUCCACCAACACCUUAAAAGUUAAUACAUUCACAUAUUAUAUCUCUCACUUUAGUUAUUUGUGAGCUUUAGAAGUGCUGAUAGCUGGAUUUUGAUACAGUCGGACAGAGCUAGCCCAGCUGUUCCCCCCCUUUUCAUUCUUUAUGCUAAGCUAAGCUAACCAGCUGCUGCUCUAGCUUUGUACUUACUGUGACAAGAGUUGUAUCAAUCCUCUCAUCUGACCCUCAGCAUGAUGAGACCAAACAUAUUGCCUAAAAUAACUAGUAGUUCACUGCAGUGGUAGUUGAUGUAUAAAACAAUGAGGUAUCCUAAGCAGGCUGUCCUGUCAUGACACCGGUGUUAUUUUUUUAAACCAGCACAUUCGUCUGCCAGUGCAAUAAAUAGUUAAAGCUUCACCGUAGAGAAUGAUUCAUGCAGAGUUUGACCUUAAUGACAUUCUGAUCUGUUUAAAACUGACAUUAUAAAAUCCUGACCUACUGCUCGCUCCGUAUUUUUUUCCGCUGCCGACGAAUCAUUUAUCAUUUGAGAACAUAUUUCUGGCAUUAGCUGACACUCUCGUCCGGAGCGACUUAUGAUGAGUUUAACAGGAUAAGCUUCCUCAAAAUGAGAUCACCGAAAAAACAUCGAACCAAAGGGCAGAGCCGAGGCACUCCAACAGAAUCUCCACGCGAGAGAAGUGUCACGAAACGCAUGGAACGAGCGGCAGAGGGAAUGUUUGGAUAGCAAUUAGAGUGAACUAGAGCAGAGAGGAGAGACACUAAUGAGGCGAGGUUUUCACCUCUGAUGGGAGUUGGAAAGCAACUACGGAGUUUGAAGGUUAUUCCACCGCUGGGGCACAAAGUUUGCUCUCCAUUUUGAGUUGAGCGUGCAGCUGCAUGUAAAAGUCACUGACCUGUUUUUUUUUUUUUUUUUAAUCUUUAACUACAUUUUAUCUCAUAAUAAUCCUCAUCAUCGCAGUCAGAUAUGUGUCAGUUUGCCGUUUGACUUCCAGUUUCUAGUUUUUUAAUCUGCCACAGACUUCAUCAGAAUUUUGUCGGAAACCAUCUCUGAUAAUUUUAGACUCAACCCUCAUGUGACUGCACACUGUGAAAUAUCAGGAUGGUGUGAAAGAUAGCAUAUGGACUCUACUCUGUUUAUUUGUAUAUAUCUACAGCAACAAGAUACUUUGGAAGUUUUGUUGCUUCUCAAUAAGCAGUUAAAUUUGGCCCUUUCUGUGGGAGUCGGAUCAGUUUUAAAUUCAAAAUAUGUGCAUAUAUCAAAAGGAUUCGACAACCAAACAGACCUGCCUGUUUCAGGAGUGGGAGGACAAUUAUCUUUAGCUGCAUCAACAAGGAUGGAGAUAAUUCAACAAUCUGAAUAAAUGAUAUUCUUUGAUUAAAGGUGCAAAAUGUAAGAAUCCUAAACCCCUAGAACAACAAACAAAUAGGCACAGCCUCAGUGCUACAGAGUAAGCGCUCACUGCUGCUGACUGUGGCUCCUGUUAGCUAUUUAGCUCAGUUAGCCGUGCAGCUAGUGGUUCCAACUGGGUAGCUGGAAGGGGUAUUCAGAAGAGGUACGGGCUGGGACUAGCUGGGUAGCAUGCUAACUUCAGUAGACAUCUCUGCAACACAUUACAUCAAAGUAAUGUAAAUUACGUGAUAACCCUAAUUUAUAUGGAUUUUGUUGAUGAGCUUAGUUAAUUCUUAAAUUCUUACACAUUGCACCUUUAAUGCAACUAAUACCAAAACAUGCUCAUUUGUUAGAGUAAGCCCAAAACUCACCAACCAUGUGAACUGAAUUGUUGUUUUAAUGUAAAUAUGUUCAAUCAGCGUUGUCCCAUCAUCAGAGCUUAAUAAAACAGUUGUUUACAGCUUUC